GUCCGCAGUGGUCCCACGGCGCGUCGGGCCUGUGGGCGGCCGUCAGUCCGGCGGCGCGCCGUUCGCUGCCGUAGUUGAGGGUCGUAUCGUGUCGGGCAGAAGGGUGCCCGAUGCUGUACAGUUCAUCUUUGAGUCGACUUUCAAGAGCUGCUGUUCAAGUUGGCCUUUCCAGGUGCAGUAGGGGAACCAGCGGAGUUAAAUGCUUUUUCCUUAAGGUUAUACCGCAAACUACUUGCCGGACUAUGGCUAAAAGUAAAUUUGAAUAUGUUCGUAACUUUGAAGCGGAUGAUACCUGUCUGCAAAAUUGCUGGGUUGUGGUUCGACUGGAUGGCCGAAAUUUUCACAAGUUUGCAGAUCGGCAUGGUUUUAAAAAGCCCAAUGACGAGCGAGCCCUUCAUUUGAUGACCAAGUGCGCAUUGACUGUCAUGGAAGAACUGAAUGACAUUGUAAUUGCAUACGGCCAAAGUGAUGAAUAUAGCUUUGUCUUCAAAAAGAGAAGUAACUGGUUCAAGAGAAGAGCAAGCAAGUUCAUAAGCCAUGUGGUCUCCCAGUUUUCGUCCAGCUUUGUUUUCUACUGGGAAAAUUUCUUUAAAGACCAAUCUCUCUUAUUUCCACCUGGAUUUGAUGGGAGAGUUGUUCUGUAUCCCAGCAACCAGAAUCUCCGGGACUACCUAAGUUGGAGACAGGCUGACUGUCACAUCAAUAAUCUUUAUAACACAACGUUCUGGGCACUUGUGCAGCAAGGUGGUUUGUCCAAUAGUGAAGCUGAAGAGAAGCUGAAGGGCACUCUUUCAGGAGACAAAAAUGAGAUUUUGUUUUCGGAGUUCAAUAUUAAUUAUAAUAACGAACCUGAAAUGUUUAGAAAAGGAACAGUACUGAUAUGGCAAAAGGUUGAAGAAGCUAUUGAUAAACAGGUCACAACUCCAGAUGCACCUGAGGGGAUAAAUGUCAUGGUUAAAAGGACUCGCAAAAAAAUUCUCCCAUUACAUGUUGAUGUCAUUGGAGAUGGGUUCUGGGAGGAACAUUCGGAGAUCCUUGCUGAUGACAGCUAGACAGAAAGCUUUGCUACUUUUUCUUCCCACAACGCCUGAAGUGUGUUCAUGAGUACAGAUCUACAAGCACUGAUGUCCUUCUGGAUAUCUUGUCCGGGUGUUCAAUUUUGCCGUUAAGCUGGUGCAGGUGAGGGACCUAUCAGGAACGUAGGGUGCAUCGUAACAAGGCCUGCUUCCAACAUUGACGUGUGGACCUUCCAAUGAAGUACACUGGAUGGUGUGCGAGCAGAAAUAAAGAUUCGUCCUUGGCCAAUGAGUGAUUGCUAAGGAUAGGUAAUUUUAAAAGAGACUGUAAAACUUGAGCCAGUGCCCUGAUUCCAGUUACAGUUGAAUGUAUAUAUAACCUUUUCAAUAUUUUACCAUUUGACUGGAGAUGUUUUUGAUGAAGUAAAUAUGAUAUCACUGAUUUUUUGCAUCCUGAAAGUUGGUUAACAAUUUGUUAAUUGUCACAUAUUUUAAGUAUGAUUACUGGUAUGUAGUAUUAGUUGGAAAUGUUUGAUCUCAAACUGGGUAUUUGGACUUGGCCAAGCUAUUUCACAGUUCCCUCAAAUACUUCAUUAGCUAUCUAGUUAAUUUGACCUUGGAGACUCAUUUUAACAAUCUUAUAAAUAUGCAUCAUUUUAAUCUUUUUAUUUUAAAUACUAAAGUAGUUUGUUGAAUUUUUUUGCAUAAUUAUUCACAUCUGUAACAGACUUUGAAGUGGGGAUAGUGGAGACUAAAACGUUUGAGGGGCAGUCAAAGGUAUUUUUCAGUGUCUGCAUCUUUUCUAAUGGAUGACCUAAAGUGGAGCAAACUUUUAUGAUUAACAACUAUUUUAUAUUUAACUGCAUACCUCAUGGGAUAUUAAACAAAAUCUGACACAACUAAUGACAGUUAGCUUGGGUUGUAAUGUUUAAAUAUAUCUUAAAGGAGGAAUGAGUGAUGAAGAGAUUUGGAGGAGGAAUUCUAAGGCUUGGGGCCUAAUUAUCUUCAUGGCCACCUGUGGCAGAGUAAGGAAAACUGGAGAUGUGCAAGAGACCAGAAAUUUCAGAUUUGUGGAAAAUCUUCAGAAAGGAGUGUGAAGUCUUAGAAAGAUUUUAAAAACAUACAAAAUUUUAAAUUGAGGCACCGCCAGGCUGGGAACUAUGCUGCCAAAUUCUUGUAUCAUCCCGUAAGACAUAGGAGCAGAAUUAGGCCAUUUGGCCUAUUGAGUCUGGUCCAUCAUUCAAUCAUGGCUGUGUGGCGACCCACCUUCGACACAAGCAAACCGGCUCCGAAGUCAGCGCGCGCGUCGGCAGACAGGCCAGCCACAAAAUGGCGUUGGGCCGCCGCCUUCAACAGCGAGGGGAGAAAGCCCGCGUGUGGGAAGAUGUUUGGUUGGCGCACCUCUGA